AUGGUGUUCAGGUUCCCCGUUAAGUUUGAGCUUCCAAAGCACGUGUACCUUAAUGGCCGUGUCAUCAAAGAUGCCUUUAAAAGAACCCAGGUCGCCGAACACGAGGUGACUAGAAACGCCCUCAGAUACAUCGCCAGAAACACCACUCUUCCGGCAAAAGCCCGUUUGGAGGCCCAAUUACAACUUGCUUCCAUGCCAAAGUAUACUUCCCCUGCUCAAAUCACGAAACGUUGUAUUGCAUCGGGAAACUCGAGAUCUGUCAUUACUGACUUUAAGUUGAACAGAACUGAGUUCAGAAACAGAGCCAGAAGAGGCCAGAUCCCAGGUGUUGCCGUGGGUUCUUGGUAA